AUGACUGAAAGUAUACCAGCACUAACAACUCCGAUCUCUUUGUCAACAUAUCAUCAGCUAAGCCUAACAGUUGAGUCAGCAAACAUAAAAAAUUCUGGAUUGUUUAAACCAAAUCCAUAUCUACAAGUAGUAAUAGAUGACAAGCUAUCUAGAAGAACUGAUUAUAUCAAAAACACCUUACACCCAAAAUGGAAGGAAGAUCUUACAGUGCUUGUUACACCACAGUCAGAAUUACUGUUUCGGCUAGCAGACUAUCACAGUUUUAGAAAAGAUAACAUUAUAGGAGAAAAAAGAAUUCAUCUGCUAAAAAUUCUUCUGUACUUUAACGGAAAAUGUGAUAAUGUAGAACUAACCAUAGAUUUGAUGAAGACUGUCUCACAAGAAAACUCAUCAAGUGCAGGUGGGGAAGUCAAGACGGCAGAGCUGGUUAUACUUUUAGAUGGAUUACGAGUUGACCCUUCAGUUCUUAGUCAGUCACAUGAAGUACUUGGCGAAAAUGCAAAUACCGGUAGUCCACUUAAUGAAGGAGUACGUGCAAAAUUGAGAAUGAGAAGCAAUCCUGAAACCAUGAGAUCGAUGGCCCGCUCGCAAACUUUAAGGCCGCCACCAGGGCCGCCGCCUUUGAGCAACGGGACCCAUAAUUCGCCGCCCAAUAUACCCGGACCUCCGAUUAUGGGCCCUUCAACGUCACUUCCCGAAGGAGCUGCGGGUCCAUCGCAUGCGGACGUCACCGCAUCAGGGCCGCCGGCGAGUGGCUCUGUUCAAUUCACAAAUCCCGGAGAGGAACCGCUCCCUGCCGGAUGGGAGAUGAGAUAUGAUGUUUACGGACGAAGAUACUACGUGGAUCACAACACCCGCUCCACAUCGUGGGAGCGACCGCAACCUCUACCGCCGGGCUGGGAGGUGCGGCGCGACGCACGCGGGCGAGUGUACUACGUGGACCACAACACACGCACCACCACGUGGCAGCGGCCCGACACCGAGCGCCUGGCGCGCUUCCAGCACUGGCGCGGAGAGCGCCGCCACGUGGCGCAGAUGGCGCAGGGCAACCAGCGCUUCCUCUACCCGCACCCGCAGCCGCCGCACCCGUCGCACCCCCCGCAGCUCGCGCCCAGCCUGCCUGACACUGACCAUGAACUUAACUCUAGCGAUAACAAUGCGAACGCAGGAGGCAACGUUCCCUUGGUGGGUUCUUUGUCAUUCGCGGGUGCCAGUGUGGCAGGCGCGGCGGGCGCUGGGGGAGCGAGCACUUCGAGCGCGGUGAGCGCCGGCGCUGCGGCCGACGAUACCCUGGGCGCGCUGCCCGCCGGCUGGGAGCGGCGCGUGCAGCCCGACGGCAGAGUCUACUACGUCAACCAUAAGAACCGCACCACCCAGUGGGAAGACCCUAGAACUCAGGGCCAGGAGGUGAGCGCGCUGGAGGAGGCACUGCCGGGCGGCUGGGAGAUCCGCUUCACGGAGGACGGCACGCGCUACUUCGUGGACCACAACACGCGCACCACGACGUUCCAGGACCCGCGGCCCGGAGCGCCCAAGGGCGCGCACGGCGCCUACGGCGUGCCGCGCGCUUACGAGCGCUCCUUCCGCUGGAAGCUCAGCCAGUUCCGCUACCUCUGCCAGAGCAACGCUCUGCCCAGCCACAUCAAAAUAACUCUCUCGAGACAGUCGCUCUUCGAGGAUUCUUACCACCAGAUAAUGAGGCUACCUGCAUAUGAGUUACGUAGACGUCUGUACAUAAUAUUCCGCGGCGAGGAGGGAUUAGAUUAUGGAGGCGUCAGUCGAGAGUGGUUCUUUUUACUGUCACAUGAAGUUUUAAAUCCCAUGUACUGUUUAUUUGAGUACGCGAACAAAAAUAACUACAGUUUGCAAAUUAACCCGGCGAGUUACGUCAAUCCGGACCAUCUUCUGUAUUUCAAGUUUAUAGGUCGAUUUAUUGCGAUGGCAUUGUACCAUGGUAGAUUUAUUUAUUCUGGUUUCACAAUGCCUUUCUAUAAGAGAAUGUUGAACAAGAAACUCACUAUGAAAGAUAUAGAAUCAAUCGAUCCAGAGUUCUAUAACUCUUUAGUAUGGAUUAAAGACAAUAACAUUGACGAGUGUGGUCUAGAAAUGUGGUUUAGCGUCGACUUUGAAGUUUUAGGGCAAGUCAUACAUCACGAAUUGAAGCCGUCUGGUGAUAAAGAACGCGUUACUGAGACUAAUAAGGAACAGUAUCUGCAGCUGGUCACUCAGUGGAGAAUGACUCGGGGGAUAGAAGAACAAACAUCUGCGUUUUUAGAUGGUUUUAACGAAGUUGUACCGUUGGAGUGGCUGAAAUAUUUUGAUGAACGCGAACUGGAAUUGAUGCUUUGUGGAAUGCAAGAGGUCGACGUGGACGAUUGGCAUCGAAACACUAUUUACCGCCAUUACACUCGUACGAGCAAGCAAGUCGCUUGGUUUUGGCAGUUUGUUCGACAAAUGGAUAACGAAAAGCGAGCACGAUUACUUCAGUUUGUGACAGGGACGUGUCGAGUGCCUGUCGGUGGAUUUGCUGAACUCAUGGGAUCAAAUGGACCACAGAGAUUUUGCAUAGAAAAGGUUGGAAAAGACACCUGGUUACCCCGUUCGCAUACUUGCUUCAACCGACUCGAUCUACCGCCUUACAAGAGCUAUGAGCAACUAUGUGAAAAACUUAAUUUUGCUAUAGAAGAAACUGAAGGUUUUGGGCAGGAAUAA